GAGCGAUCUCUCUCCUCUCUCGAGAUAGAGCGCUCUCGCAUGGGCGGACUCUCAAGCGCAAGACGCUGCGAGGGAGUUGACGUUGCCUCGGCGGCAGUGCCAGUCGUAGCAAAGCCCAGCGAGUAGUGUGUAGUGCAGUCUCUCUCUCUCUCUCUCUCUCUCUCUCUCCACCUCCUUUUUACCGGGGAUCCUUCGCGCGCCCACUCGCUUCCGGAUCGCGAGUGAUAUACUUGUGGGACCGCUCGCUGCUGCUCCAUAGUGCGAAUAUCUUGUUGUGACACGUGCCGAUCGGCGAACCGAUUUAUCGCUUGAAAAAUCAGCCCUGAAUAAGAGUGCGCGUGUGCGGCGAGAGGAAAAUUAGUGACCCUAAGAGACUCUGGCCAAGCGUACAACGCUCUCGGGGGGCCAAUUAGAGCGUUCGAGUUAGCGGGAGAUCGGUAAUUUCCGCGGCCGAGCGACAUGCCGCGGUCGAGCCGAGCGGAGUAAGCUGAAAGGAUCGGGAGCAGCAGUAGCAGGUGAUGAUGCUCGCCUGAAUGGCCAAGACGUCCCGGAGGCGGAGGAAAAUGAGCUGGAGACGACUGCCCAGGGGUCAAGGCGUCGCGUCGACGGAGCUGCGAUCGUCAGACUCGGAAUCGCUGGGGAUGGAUCAGACGGCGACAGCGCCGAGCGUCAACUGCUCCGAGAAGCCGGGGAUGUGCGGCUUGGAGGCCGCCUGUCUCAAGGUCGACGCGACCACCUCCAAGUGCAUCUGCCCGCACGACAAGUCCGAGCCCACCGCCGAUCUCAAGUGCCUCAAUCGCUCGAAAGUUUCCAAAGGACCUAACCCCAUCCGCAACAUCAUACUGGCGCCCGGAAACGGCACCAACAGCACGACGGUCCUCCCGGAAUCGAAGCAGGUCGAGAGAUUGGAACCGUCGAGGGUACCCGAAGUCACCGGCAUCGUCAUGGGCUGCGUCGUAGUCCUGGCUCUGGUGUUCGGUCUGAUAUACUACUGCAAACGACGCAAUUUCAACGCAAAGUCCAAGCGCGGCGAUCUCGAGGCGUCGCCGAUGAACUUGAAAACGAGUCUACUGCUGGCCAACAAAUACACGCCGAAUCCCCAGUACUUCACUUGCGCCUCGCCGGAAGUGCCAAUUCUCCCGAGAGACUCGCUCGUCUUCCUCCAAGACAUCGGCGAGGGCUGCUUCGGAAAAGUCUUCAAAGGUGAGCUGACCUGCGAAGACGCGACGGAGAUAGUGGCGAUAAAGGUCCUAAAGGACACGGCGAGCCGCGAGGCCGAGGAGGACUUCAUGCGCGAGGUCGACAUAAUGUCGACCUUCCGCCACGACAACAUCCUCUCUCUCGUCGGAGUCGUUCUGCGCGACAGCAGCAGCAGUCCCUGGAUGGUCUUCGAGUACAUGCCCUACGGUGACUUGGCCGAGGUUCUCCGGGCGAACUCGGCCACGCUACGCACGCCGACCCCCGGACUGCAACCGUUGACCAAGGACUCCCUCCACUGGAUAACGACGCAGAUAGCCGCGGGCAUGACCUACCUCUCGGCGCAAAGAUUCGUUCAUCGGGAUCUCGCCUGCAGGAACUGCCUGGUGGGCUCCGGACUCGUCGUUAAAAUCGCCGACUUCGGCAUGUCGCGCGACGUCUACACCUGCGACUACUACAAGAUCGGCGGCUCGCGGUUAUUGCCGGUGCGUUGGAUGUCUCCGGAGAGCGUGAUGUACGGGAGAUUCACCCUGGAAAGCGACGUUUGGAGCUUCGGAGUCGUUCUCUGGGAGGUCUACUCCUUCGGAAAGCAACCCUACUACGGACACAACAACGAGGAGGUCGUGAAGCUGAUCCUCCAAGGCAUAAUGCUGAUCCCCCCGGAAGACUGUCCCCCGUACGUCUGCCAGAUAAUGAGGGACUGCUGGAAGACGGAGCCCCGAGAUCGUCUGCGCUUCGUCGACAUCCUGGAGAAGCUCGAAAAGACCCAGAACAAGCCCAGCCAGAUCAGUUCGCUGCCCAGGCCACCGCAGGGUCCCGUGACCAUACGCACACCGGACGCCCUCGACUGCGACGGAUACCUGCUGCCGUCGCCCGCGGCGAUGCGCGAGUACCUCCAGCCUCUGCCCAUGAUAACCACGUGAAGUGGCUUCGAAAGCGCGAGAGAAAAUUUGAUACAUUUCCUAUGACACGGACGGUCCACGCGUUAUAAAUUAAUUUUACAGGGAGUACAUCGUAAAUAAUGAAAGAUCCACCUACCGUGCCUUGAAUGCAAGCCAUGCGUACGCAUUGUUGAAGACUGCACCAGAAGCUAUUCAAUGAAAAGUUAUGCAAUAUAUUUUACACCUAAGGUAGUAGGUAGUUUAUAAGCCUAAAGUUAUAGCGGGCGUAAACUAACUUUGUGAAAUUACUAACUUUCCGUCUAACUUUUAAGAAUUGCGACUUAGUUUAAAUCCGCGAAAUAUACAACGAUCGAUAUAAUACUCACGCAGGUGAUAAAGUAUUAAGUUACAUACGAUUAACGAUAAUAAGUUAUUUUAUAUAGGAAUGAAAUUUUGACGGAUAUCGCGUUGCCAACGACUUGAGAUUACAAAGUGCCUUUGUUUAGAUGUGCUAUACUAAUUUUAUACGUAAUUUAACCUGUGUUUGAUAUUAGGCUAAUUUAACGAGAAGCAUAAAAACUGGCGUUACUGCCCGCAUACGGCGUUAAUAAUUGGAGAUCUCGUAUGAUACAUAGAAUAAUAAUAAAAAAGAAAUUUCUAUGGCGAUAAUUAUUUAUAACUUGUCGCGAGCAAGGCCGUAAUAAUAAUUUAUAGUCCGACUAUAAAUAGCGUGAUCCAUGUCGAUCUAAUUAUGUAAAUACUCAAACCAAUGUAUCGUAGACUUACGUGUUAAUGGAUAACUUUUUUACUCAACGUAUAUUAUUAUGUGCUUCUUAUAGAAUAAUCAUGUGUACAAAAAAUCGAAGGAAGAAAUAUUUUUCUCAACUUGUAAAUUAGUUAAUUAUACCGGAAAAGACAUUGUUACAAAUGAGGGAUCGUAUUAAAUUUUAUAUGAGUA